UCGGUGAGGAAAAAGGGGGAAGGACCGACUGAGUGGAAAACAUCAGCUCCUCACGGCUCCGAGGAAAACUUUUCGUCUCAUUGUUAUUGCCGGUCAACGUCGCCGUCCAAGUGCCUGAGUGUGUCUGCAGCGGAUCUACGCUCAGUUUGGAGACGGAACGGUCGGUUUUGUUCCAGCUGCUGCUCUUCAGGCCUUUCCAACACCUCUCCAACUUCCUGCUUUGUCACAGUCAGGAUGUCUGUCACACCUCGACGCGUCCGCCUCAAGCCCUGGCUGGUCGCGCAGGUGGACAGCGGACGAUACCCGGGUCUGGUGUGGAUUGACCGUGACGCCAUGCGCUUCAGGAUCCCAUGGAAACACGCCACAAGACACACACCGCAGCACGAGGACGAAGACACCAUAUUUAAGGCAUGGGCUGUGGAGACCGGGAAGUUCCAGGAGGGAGUUGAUGAACCUGAUCCUGCCAAAUGGAAAGCUCAGCUUCGAUGCGCCCUGAACAAAAGCCGAGAAUUCAACCUCGUGUACGACGGCACCAAAGAGGUCCCCAUGAACCCUUUGAAGAUUUAUGAUGUCUGCGACAUCCCACAGCCCCUCAGUAACCAAGGCUCUUCAGACGCUGGUUCUUGGACUCCGGGUGAUGACGACGGUGGUGAAGAAGAUCUUCCAGAUACACCAGGGUCUCCCCCUCCAUACCCAUCCAAUGGCGCCAGUCCAUCUCCUCUGAUUAUGUGGUCUCCGGAUUCAUCCAUGCAGCCUCUUAGUUGCCCUCCGUCCAAUGAGGUCUGGCCCAAAGAGGAACCUGUUAAAAUAUGGCCUAAAGAGGAGCCUGUGGAUGUGGAGAUGCACCCGACGCCUCUGGUUGACCUGCCUCCUGCUCCUCUGCCUGAUCCCUCCAUGCAGCCCACUCUGCUGACUGACGCCUUAUUCGCGUCUCCAGAAAUGUGGAUCAGUUCCCUCCCAAUGACAGACCUGGAGGUGCAGUUCCUCUACAGAGGGAGGGAAAUGUGUCCCACAGUGACCGUCAGCAACCCGCAGGGCUGCAGGUUGUUUUAUGGAGACCUAGGGCCGAUGGUCAACCAGGAGGAGCUGUUUGGGCCGAUCAACCUGGAGCAGUUACGCUUUCCCAGCACAGAGCAUAUUACCAACGACAAGCAGAAGAUCUUCACCAACCGCCUGCUGGAUGUGAUGGACAGAGGCCUGAUCCUGGAGGUCAGCGGCCAUGACAUCUACGCAGUCCGCCUCUGCCAGUGUAAAGUGUACUGGUCCGGCCCCUGUGCGAACCCAGGCGCACCAAAUCUGAUAGAGCGGCAAAGGAAGGUCAAACUCUUCUGUCUGGAGUCUUUUCUCAGUGGUGUGAUCGCCCACCAGCGCGGCCAGACACCAAACCCUCCUGAGUUUGAAAUCAGCCUGUGUUUUGGAGAGGAGUGGCCUGAUGGUAAACCGAGGGAGAGGAAACUGAUCAUGGUCCAGGUGAUUCCAGUGGUGGCCCGAAUGAUAAGCGAGAUGUUCUCUGGAGACAACACACGAUCGUUCGACAGCAGCAGCGUUCGGCUGCAGAUUUCAAUCCCAGAUAUCAAAGACAACAUAGUGACCCACCUAAAGCAGCUGUACUGCCUGCUGCAGGGCCACCAGGGCCAGGACGGCUGGGCGCUGCCUCCCGGCUCGGGCCUCAACAUCGCCCAGGCUCUGCAAAAUCAGUGAAACGGCCCACAUUGUGAACUAAUAUACAUGUGUAUGUUUCACACUGAUACUGAGAGUUACCCGCUGUUAGUAAAGACAUACUUUUGUGUAAUCAUAUUUAGAAAUGUGCUCAAUGUUCUGUAGGAUUCAUGUGCUUUUGUGCUUCUCUUUAGUCUAAAUGUGCUGUGAUAAUACUAUUCUAUAUAUAAAGGUUGCACAGGAACUGUAGACAGAUGUGACGGCUGCGUGGGCCAAAGUCCUCCUGGCUGCGAGGGAACAUUCACUAUAGUUAAUGAGUUACAGAUAUUGCCCUGUGCCCAUUAUUUAUCCUAAAUGGUUCAGUGAUUACCAGACUUUCCUAGAGUUUGUUAUUCAUGAAGCAGAGCAGAAUAUCUUUUGUCUUUUGACCUUAAAUAUUUUUGAAACAAUACAUCUAGACUGGGAUUUGUAUGUUUUGGAGAAAUGUGAAUCAAAGUAUGGCUGGAUAUGGGUUUCUCUCCAGCUCAUGCGUGACUAUACUGUCCAGUGGUGCCCAGCUGUUUGAGAUCAAAUUGUCCUAAGCACAUGUGGGUGUGUUUUUAAACAAAUUUCUGUCAAAAAAUCUCUCCUUUUCACAGAAUUUUAUAGUCACUUGGCCGUUAGUUACUCUUAUUUUUCCAUUUACAAUGUAGGAUAUUUUUGUAUUCAUAUCUUUCAUUUUCAAGCUGUUUGUUGUAUCCAGACAGCCAUUUAACUAAAUACCAUUCAGCUACAUAGGUCUCUUUUGAAAUGGAUGCCACUGCACUUUGGGUGCUGAAUUAAGUUUUAUGGCUUGUUGAAUGUAAGUGUAUUUACCCUGUGAUUGCAUGUUUAUUUUAACAAUAAAAAUGAUGAAACAA